AUGUAUCAAAUUUACAAAUUCCUUUCAACUUUUUUGAUUCUUUCGGUGCUAAUUCCAUCUCUCCUUGCUUAUUCAAUCCCAAAUUCAAAAUAUAAUAAACCAAAUAAUCGUCGUGACUUAAUCAAUCGUUCACGAACUGACUUUAAGAACGUUUCUAAAAAUAAAAGAUACAUUGGUCCAAGUUUCAAUAAUAUUCAUCAUACGCAAUUAUCUAAACGUUGUAUAUCACCAAUUAUAGAAUCUACAUUAUUGAAUCCACUUUGUAAUGAUUGUGGUUCGUGUGGAACUUGUGAAGCACUUUGUAAUGGUUUUGGUUCGUGUGGAACUUGUGGAGGCUUUGCACCAUUCUGUGGUUUUUGUGGUUCUCCAUGUGACAUUAUUCCAUCACCAUUCUGUGGUUCUCCCUGUGACAUUAUUCCACCACCUUUACUAGGAUGUGGAACGUUGGGUUGCGGUGGAUGUGAUAUUCCACAGGUGUUAUCUAAUGAUCAAUUAUGUUUAAACGAAUUUCAAAGUGCUUCUGAAAAUGAACAUGCUUUACAGUGUUGUGACGAAUCUCAACAUCAAGUCUCGAAAAAGAGCAGAGUAAAAGACCUUGGAGUCUUACUUAUAAGAAUUCAGCCGAUGUCUGGUUCCUGGUUCUGUAAUUAUGAUAAAUUUUAG